AUGGAUGCAUUCAGCUUAAAGAAGGACAAUAGAAAAAAGUUUCAGGACAAACAGAAACUAAAAAGGAAACAUGCCACACCCAGUGAUAGAAAGUACCGGGUAUUGAACCGUCAAAAGGAGGAGGAGAAAGCCGCCAUGGAGGAGAAAGAGCAAGACCAAGAUCAGGAACAUCCUGAUCUGAAGUCAAACGAAGACAGGUACUAUGAGGACCCGGUUUUCGAGGACCCACUCAACUCAGCGACCAGCGCGGAGGUAAACGAGGUACUAAAGGAUGUACUCAGAAAGCGCCUCCAGGAGGACUGCAACAGUCCUGCGGCCAGUAGCACUACUAAUACUGACGCUUUGAAAGUCAAGGACCUCAAGCAUAUGGGUGCCGCUGAACUCAAUCAUUGGCUUGGAAGACAGAACGCAGCUUCCAUAACAACAGCGGCUGUACCGGAAGCAGUGGUCGUUCCGUCUACCGUAGAAGGUGAGCAAAGUCACGCCGAUGAGAACAUCGGUCCUUGUUCGGCCGAUCUACCGGAAGAACUAGAAACAGACCAGGAUUUUCUGGACGGGCUGCUCUAA